AUGCUUCGGCUAGCCGAAUUUUGGUUUAAUAUGGAGGGAAAAAAUACAGUAGAUGUGGCGCUUGGUGUACGUUACCUUCCGGCAAUGCAUUCCACAACGCUUCUUUGGCAUUUAGCGGAUUUCGUAUGCGAUGAGCUCAAAAUUGGUUUUAUGAUCAUGUUAGCCGGUAGUUCACCUGUAUCAUUUGGUCUUUAUAGUUCAUUGGCGAAACGAGUUAAAAUACCAUUGAUUGACUGGGAGACUUCCGAUUUGAGCUCUGAUUCGACUUCGGCUUUCACAGCAUCCGUAAGACCUCCAGCUGAUGAAAUACUAGUGGAUUAUAUCAAAAUUAAGCAGUGGCAUGAGAUUAUCUAUUUACAUGAUGGUGCUAAUGCGGAACGAAGCCUUACUGCAAUAUACAAAUACUUGGAAAAAAAUCCGAUCUAUGCCUUGCAGAUCAAUAGUUACCGUAUUCCUGAAGAUGAGGAGUACUUCCGAGAAUUUCUCAAUAAUUUCCAUAUGCAAAAUUUUAACUUCGUUGAUUCAAGAUCCUUGAAUGUUGUGGUGGAUAUUUCGAAUAGUUAUCGUAUCCGAGCAUUUUUGCAAUCGCUGAAAGAGAGCAUACUUGUCAAAAAGCAAUAUAAUUAUGUGUUUGCUAAUUUCGAAUUGGAUGAAAAUGAUUUGGAUGCCUUCCAUUAUACUCUCAUCAAUAUUACAGCUUUUUUAAUGUGCGACAAAUAUAACCAACGUCUAAAGUAA